AUGCAAAACGGCCACAAUGUAAACGAGAAUAAAGAUUUACCGGUUGACUUGGCAGGUUGCCAAGUCGCUCCAGAUACCAAGGGAGGGAAAAACAUCAGGAAACUUACAUCCAGCGUUUUGCAAAAUGCAUUCACAGCGAAGGAUGGACCGACCGAAGAAUUUGGAUGUUCUGUCCAGCAGCUUGGAAAACUAAUGGAGGCUCGUGGGCCUGAAGCUGUUCUAAAGCUGAACAACGAAUUUGAUGGAACAGACGGAUUAUGCAAGCGUCUAAAGGUGGAUCCAGUUGUAGGUCUAUCUAAAGAUCCGCAGAAAUUGGGAAAAAGACGCGCAAAAUUUGGCUCUAAUACGAUUCCUCCAACUCCUGCUAAAUCGUUUCUUCGCCUUGUGUUUAACGCUUGUAAGGACCCUACCUUGAUUAUUCUCGUUGUGUCCGGUUUCAUUUCACUUGGUCUGUCAUUCGUUGAGCCCGGCCAGAGCGAAUCUAAUGUAAGCUUUGCAGCUACAACAGUGACAUACCAGAAAGCAGGGUUAUCUGCUAGAGUUUUAGAAGCUCUCAACAGCACAGAAUUUACAGUUAAUUCGACGUCUAUAGAACCGGCUGAAGAACCUGAUAAUGACCAUGAUACAGCGUGGAUUGAGGGCGUCGCUAUACUCGUUUGCGUUAUUGUUGUUGUUCUUGUUACAGCUAUUAAUGACUACUCGAAAGAAAGGCAAUUUCGAGGGUUACAAGCAGACAUUGAACGCGGUCACUUCUUUUCCGUGAUUCGAGAUGGUGAAGCAGUUGAUGUUCCCGUGUCUGACCUUGUUGUUGGAGAUAUAGCUCGUGUCAAAUACGGAGACUUAAUGCCUGCCGAUGGCAUACUUUUGCAGUCUUACGAUCUUAAAAUGGAUGAGUCUUCCUUAACUGGGGAAUCUGACUAUAUUUGCAAAAGCAUCGAGAAUGAUCCUGUAUUACUGUCAGGCACAUAUGCAAUGGAAGGCAGCGGUAAAAUCUUGAUUACGGCAGUUGGUGUUAACUCACAAGCAGGCAUUAUUAUGUCUUUGUUAGGUGCUGGACGUUCCCGCGCCUACGACUCCAGCUCUGAUUCAUCCUCAUCCUCUUCUUCAACCACGAUUUCCAAAUCUUCGCGCUCUUCGUCAUCUGACUCAUUAAAAAUUUCAUCAAAAGAUAGCGUUUCAAGCAGUUCAAGUGACGAUGAAGACAGCUCUUUCGCCAGCUGGCAUGGAAGCGAUGAUGAUGAAGGUCUCUCAGCAAAGUCUGUUUUACAGGCUAAGCUGUCCAAGCUCGCUUUGCAAAUUAUUUAUUGUGGUACCACAAUCGCUGCUAUCGCACUGGUAGUGUUAAUUGUUCGAUUUUGCAUUGAGGAAUACGAAAUAAGGCGUCAGUCAUUUGAUAUUGAAGAUAUCCAGCGUUUUGUGAAAUUCUUUAUUAUUGCUGUCACUAUUCUUGUCAUUUCCAUACCAGAAGGACUUCCUCUAGCAAUUGCUUUAGCACUAACAUACUCUGUUCGCAAAAUGAUGCAUGAUCAUAACCUUGUUCGACAUUUGGAUGCUUGUGAGACUAUGGGAAAUGCAACAACAAUCUGUUCUGACAAAACUGGAACCUUAACAACAAAUCAUAUGACUGUUGUUCAAUCUUUUAUAAAUGGACAGCAUUUUAAAACCAUUGAAACUCAACCACAAAAAAAUCAGCUUGCUGAAAGCACUGCUGCAUUGCUCGCGGAAGCUAUAACUGUCAACUCGUCGUAUAACUCAAAAGUAGUAGAACCGACGAAGUCAGGAGAGAAAACUCAGCAACUCGGAAAUAAGACUGAAUGCGGUUUACUUGGACUGGUAAAAAACAUAGGUUACGAUUAUAGCGAUAUUAGAAGAAAAUAUCCUGAAGAAACUUUUGUCAAGGUAUUUACAUUCAACUCUAUGAGGAAGUCGAUGAUGACUGUGAUAAAGCUGAUUGAAGCGGACCGAACUGUUGGUUUCCGAGUAUAUCAAAAGGGCGCAUGUGAGAUAAUCUUAGAUCGCUGCAACUCGUUGAUUGCUAGCGACGGGAGUAUAAGAGGGCUGGAAGAAUCUGAGAGAAAAAAUCUUAAAACCUCAAUUGUUGAGCCUAUGACAGAAAACGGUCUACGAACAAUCUGCGUUGCUUAUAAAGAUUACAUACGCUCAUCUGCAAGAAAAGCAACAGCUUUUGAGACUUACUUUGAAAACGAAGCGGAUAUCGAUUGGGAUGAUGAGAAAGAAAUCUCUCAGAAUAUGACGAUGGUUGCAAUUUGUGGCAUCCAGGACCCUGUCAGACCAGAGGUUCCCGCAGCUAUUGAGACGUGUAAACGAGCGGGGAUCACUGUGAGGAUGGUGACGGGUGAUAAUAUCAAUACUGCAAGAGCGAUUGCUACGGCUUGCAAAAUCUUGGAACCCGGCGAAGACUUUUUGGCUUUAGAGGGGAAAGACUUUAAUGAGCGAAUUCGGGAUAGUAAUGGAAAAAUAAGUCAAAAAAAAUUAGACGAAAUAUGGCCUCGAUUGCGAGUUCUAGCACGAGCACAACCGGUUGAUAAAUUCACUCUGGUGAAGGGGAUUAUAGAAAGCAAAAUAACUCCAAACCGUGAAAUAGUUGCAGUUACUGGCGAUGGAACUAAUGAUGGGCCGGCAUUGAAAAAAGCUGAUGUAGGAUUUGCAAUGGGUGUCGCAGGCACAGAUGUUGCUAAAGAGGCAUCUGAUAUCAUUUUGACCGAUGACAAUUUUACUUCAAUUGUAAAAGCGGUCAUGUGGGGUAGAAACGUCUAUGACUCAAUCAGUAAAUUCCUGCAGUUCCAGUUAACGGUUAAUGUUGUCGCUGUGUUCACCGCAUUCGUCAGUGCUUGUUCAAUUUCGGAUUCUCCACUUAAAGCAGUACAUAUGCUUUGGAUUAACCUUAUUAUGGACACACUGGCAUCUUUAGCAUUGGCUACAGAGAUGCCUACUAGUGAACUAUUAAAUCGUAAACCUUAUGGUAGAAAGAAAUCUUUAAUUUCAAGAACAAUGAUUAAAAAUAUUGGGUGUCACGCAGUGUAUCAAAUGGCCAUCUUGUUUGUAAUCCUCUUUCUCGGUGCCAAAAUUUUUGGGAUUAAAAGCGGCAUCAAUGCUCCUUUAUACGCUCCGCCAAGUCAACACUUUACCAUCGUUUUCAAUGCCUUUGUUAUGAUGACUUUAUUCAACGAAUUCAACUGCAGAAAAGUACACGGAGAGAGGAAUAUUUUUAAGGGUUUGAUUGGAAAUAGGGUGUUUUGUGUCAUUUGGAUUUCAACUUUCGUAGCACAAAUUUGUAUUGUCCAGUAUGGUGGAGAAUGGUUUUCAACAGCUCCACUUAAUGCUCAACAAUGGAUUAUGUGUAUGAUCUUAGGACUAUCAUCACUACUUUGGGGACAAGUUGUAGCAACGAUUCCAAGCAAGAAGUUGCCUAAGAAGUUCGCAUAUGGCCGUGGCGAAAUUAAGCCAGCGGCAAUUCUUUUCAACACAGAAAACGUUACUGAUAAUGGCAGUUUGAAGGCGUUGUCGUAUCGCACAGGUCGACAGCUGUGGAAUAGAGGAGUUGCACUUUUUGCGCUCCAUUUCCGUGUUAUUCGUGCUUUCCAAGAGAAACUCGACAAUAAUAUGGUGCGGCCUAAAAUGUCAGCUGAAGCAGCUGAAAAAUGGAGACAAAGUUACCGACGUUACUGUAAUAGAAGAAAGUACAGUCAAGCAAGGAAAAGUUCGCGGCACGCAAGCAAGCAUCAAAAAAGCAGUCAUGAACUGAAAGAUGCAAGUACCAUAAACUCUGCAACAAAGGCAGGAAAAAAUAAGGAAGUGGUGAUUUCCAUUGAAGACUUUAAAUAG